AUGGACCAACUCGCGCUACCCAUUUGUUCCGACACAGCCGCUGGAAAGAAGAAGAAGCGGCGGACACUGCGCGACGCCGAAGAAGAUCUGGCGACGUGUCGCAAUGCGCUGCAGGAGGCGAAGCGCACACUCGUGCUCACAGCCCGAGAGAACGCCAAGCUGAGGGUUUUGCUGCUGAAAUACAUCGAGAAGGACGACUCGCUCUUGUGUUCGAGUCAGCUCAGUGUCGGCGAAGCGACCAGUGCACCCGAUCCAGUUGACUCGAGUUCGUCUCCGGCUGUUGCGACCGACACGUCGGUCCAGUCGCAGUCGCCGUGGGAGUACACAACUGGAGAAGAAGGAGGAGAGAGCGAGGACAGUGUGUGGAACACUGACUUGCGAGCCGGCAGCGAUGGGUUCACUGAGCCCAUCAGUCAGCUGAGCCAGAUCAGUCAGAUCAGCCAGUGGAGCGAGCUGAGCUCCACGUCUAACCUCGACGCGGUUAUCAGCUUCCUCGAGACACAAGACGUUUCCGAGAUGAAUCGGAUCGAAGCACUGCAGGCUGAAUGCGCCAUGCUGAAAGAGCAGAAGACUGUCGUCCGCGUGGGUGUAGGUGUCUUGCUCACGUCGCUGCAACACCCAGACUGCGUGCUCAUCGGCAAGCGCAAGGGCUCGCACGGAGAAGGCAAGUUUGCUUUGCCGGGCGGACACUUGGAAAUGUACGAAAGCUGGGAGGCGUGUGCCGUUCGAGAAGUAAAGGAAGAAACGGACCUGGAUCUGAAGGAAGCGACAUUCGCCACGGUCACGAAUGACCCGAUGGAGGACGAAGGCAAGCACUACAUAACGAUCCUGAUGCAAGCCGUCGUGAACGACGAGCAAAUCGUCAGGAACAUGGAGCCACACAAGUGUGAGGGCUGGAGCUGGGUGCCGUGGUCGGACUUGCGCGGGCGCAAAGACAUGUUUACGCCAUUGCUGCACGUGACCCACAGCGAUUUCACACCCGCGUUCAUCACUCGUUGA